AUGAAUCAUCAUACAAAUCAUACAAACAAACAUGUUCAUGACCACACGACGACGACGAACGAAGAGAAUGAACCACAUGUUGAUACCAAUAACAACAACAACAUCAGUAUUAGUAGUCAAAGAAUUACGGAACAUUUAAUCCUUCAAAAGGAUCAACACUUGAAGGCAGGACGUUUAUUGGUUCUCGUUCCCAUCCUCAUCGGUUACUUUUAUUGCCGAGAAAAUCCAACCGUGUUCGUCCUUUGUUAUGUGGGAGAGAUGAUCGUUCACUACUUGUUACAUUCCUUAAUGAAACAAGAACAACAAAAUUUUCACAAAUUUCGUUCGGAGAGAAACUAUUUCUCAGGUUAUUCACUCGUGAUGAUCAAUGUGGCACACAUGUUGUGUGUAUUCGCGCAUCAAUUCAUGACACAAAUGUAUUAUGGACCUUGGUUUCCGAGUUACAUCUUGUCCACUUACAAGAUGAUUGUUGUGGCUUGUAUCUUUCCGAGUCAUCAUCAAAAACAGUACGUGAUUUACAAGUGGAAUGGUCCAUUUACAAUUCUAUUCUCAUUGUUGGUGACGUACCUUUCUUCGAGAGGAGUGGAAAUGUCAGAUUUGGAAUGGUCAUUCUUUCAGAGACGAUUGGUCGACAUGUUUUGUUUACAAUACGCGGUGAUGGUUGGAUCGAACAUGUUUUCGCACUUUUUGGCGUUCAAAAAUCGAGAAUAUUCCAUGCAACAAUUUAAAGCAGCGAAUGAGCGAUUUAAGAAUGAAGAGAAAACCAAAUUCAUUGCCAAUUUGAGUCAUGAAGCGAGAAAUCCAUUGCAUUGCAUUAUGGGAAGUUUACAAGUGUUGAAUCAUCAUUUUGAGGGAGAGAAGUGUUUGAACGGAUGUAAACAUUGCUUUGUCAAUCAUCGUGAAAUUGGAGAAAUCAUUGAAGAUAUUAAGGAAAAUGCUAGUUUAUUGCUUCACAUCUUGUCGUCGUCAUUGCAAAUGAGUUCAUUGGAAAUGGGAAAGAUUCAAUUGAAACAUGAACCAUUCAAUUUGAAACUCUUAUUGGAUUCCUUGGUUGGAGUGUUUUCGCAAUUGGCUCAUGAAAAACAAAUUUCAUUGUAUCUCUUUUAUCAAGUAUCAAACAUGCCACAAAUCUUUCGUGGGGAUUCUGUUCGAUUGAGUCAAAUCAUUAUGAAUAUCAUCUCGAAUGCCAUUAAAUACACGAACAAGGGUUUCGUGAGAGUAAAUUGUUCACUUGCCACUUUAGAAGAACUCGAACCUAUUCAAAAACAAAGAAAGAGGAAUAGUCUUGAAAACUUGUUAAAUCCUAUCACCCAUGUUCGUUUGGAAUUUACGGACACGGGCUGUGGAAUCUCACAGGAUCAAAUCCACAAACUGUUUCAACCUUACAGUGUGAUCGAUCAAACCCACGAUCAAACCCAAGAUCAGAACGAAUUUGGAUCCUCUUUUGAACAAUAUUUCAACCAAUCUGAAAAUUUAAGGAAACUCACUGAUGGAGGAAGCAGUUUAAUUCACACCAAUCGAAAUGGUCUUGGACUUAGCAUCACUAAAAUGUUAAUUCGAAAAAUGAAAGGACAUAUUAAGGUCAAGAGUGAAGUGGGCGUUGGAACUACAAUGACAGUUAUUUUACCUCUCGAGACAGGUGACAAUUCAGAAAUUGAAAAAACCAUUGACAUGUUCCUGUCAGAAAAUACCUUGACCUAUCAAGUCACAAUUAUAGAUCCUGACCCUUGUUUUAGAAGUGUGUUGAAGGAUUACCUCUCUUUGAUGAAGAGAGUACAAACAAUUUCAUGUUAUGAAAGUUUUGAAUCGUUUAAACUUGACCAUCAGUUCGGGGAUGUUGGAAAAUGUGAAAAUUCUCACAAGGAAGAAUUAUGUUCUCUCUUUUUUGUUCCAGAACGAGAAUAUGAAGGGAUUCAAGAUCAUUUUGGAAAUUCCAAAAAUGCAAAACAAAUCAUAAUUCCAACAAUUUUCAAAGGAGUCAAACGAUCGUUUCCAGAUCAACACUAUCUUCCUACACCCAUCAAGUUUGGCGAAUUAAUAGAAUUAUUUAAAAGAAUUGAGGAAAACAUUCGUGAGGCCAAUUCUUGCCCUCGCUCUGUUGAGGGAGACACCGGUAGCACACCUGAACCAAAUUCAAACCAAACAAAGACGGAUGCGGAGGAAGAAUGCAAUUUUGACUUUAGCAAAUUCUCAGUGUUGUUGGCGGAUGAUAAUGCAGUGAAUCGAAAAGUAUUGAUGAAAAUGUUGCAAAUCAUUGGAUUCAAAGAUAUUGACACUUCCAAUGAUGGAAUGGAAUGUUUUGAAAAGUUCAAACAAAAAUCAUAUCAUUUGGUCUUGUUGGAUUGUUUCAUGCCCAUUCUGAGUGGAAAGGAAGCAUGUGAAAUGAUUCGAAAUUAUAUGAAAUAUCGACAUCAUGAAAAAGAAGAAAUGCAACGAAUACCAAUCAUUGCCAUCACAGCCAACACAUGGGAACCAAGAGACACUUUACUCUCACAAGGUUUUGAUGAUGUUGUUUACAAACCAUUUAUUUUGGCUGAUUUCAAGAAAUUGUUGACCUCUUAUUUAAGCGCCGCCAAUCAACGAUGA